AGAGGGAGGAAGAGGAGGAGGUGCCUGAGGUGGCUGUUUCUGUUUGUGUCAUCCUACAAGAAAUUACAGGAUGGCACAGUGGGGUGCCAUAUUCUCAAUCAUUGCUGCUCUCGGAGGAGCUGCGCUUUUAGCCUCUGUGCACAAGAUCGAUGAGGGACACACUGGUGUUUACUACAGGGGAGGGGCUCUCCUGACUACCACCAGCGGUCCUGGUUUCCAUCUCAUGCUUCCAUUUAUCACAACCUACAAGUCUGUUCAGGUGAGUCCAGUGAAGACAGUUGUUUUUAUAAUUUCGUGUCAGCAGGACCAAAUCGAUGAAAACCUGAAGUUGACGCUACAAGAAGAUCUAACAUCCAUGGCACCUGGACUUAUCAUACAGGCAGUCCGUGUCACCAAACCCAACAUCCCAGAGAGCAUUCGGAGGAACUACGAACUCAUGGAGAGCGAGAAGACAAAGCUGCUGAUCUCUCAACAGACACAGAAGGUUGUGGAAAAGGAGGCAGAGACAGAAAGGAUUAAAGCUGUGAUAGAGGCCGAGAAAGUGGCGCAAGUGGCAGAGAUCAAGUUUGGACAGAAAGUCAUGGAGAAGGAAACAGAAAAAAAGAUCUCUGAAAUUGAAGACAGUGCUUUCCUGGCCCGGCAGAGGGCCAAGGCAGAUGCUGAGUUUUACACAGCACAGAGAACCGCUGAGGCCAACAAGGUGAAGUUAACACCAGAGUACCUGGAGCUAAUGAAGUACAAGGCCAUCGCAGCCAACAGCAAAAUCUACUUUGGGAAUGACAUACCCCACAUGUUUGUGGACUCUGCAGGGAGCUCUAUCAAGGCCUCUGCAGCCAUGGACAUUGUUGGUGAGCAGAUCCUUGAUCUGGAUUAGCAGUGAAAGUAGUUGGACCCACAGGAGCACCCAGAGGUGGAGGACGGCCUGCUGCAGGGCAGGAGGCUGGCGCACCAGCGAGCCGGCUGGUUGGCCGGCAGGUUCUCCCAGUGGCACAGAGAAGCUCUGCUCUGCUGACCCGGGCCUUUAUUUCUUAAACACCUCAGAAUCACUGCUAGACACCACACUGGAAGACUGACUAGGAAAAUGUUCCUGCCUCAGAACAGAGAACUUAUUUAUGAGGCUUCCUCUCCUUUUAUUAUGUCCUGGGAGGGAAUGACAUCAUAUCGACACCUAACUGUAAAUUAGAAAAAAUAACAUCACCUGUGGGUGUAUGAGAAGCUCCUUAAACUGACAGUUAGCCACACUAGUAAUUUAAACUUGGCCUUGCUGCUACUCGGCUUUUAUGGGCUGUGUAUCCAGUCCAUGUAGCCACAGCAUCACGGAUCAUAAAUCUAUCAUUACUUAUUGGUCAGUCCUGCAUUUUCCAUUAAUGUGAAACACGUCCUGAUCAAGCACUUAAAGAAGAAACAAAAAAUGUCAAUGAUUACUACUGAAAAUUCUUCAUUAGGCUUUUAGAUGCAAUAAAAUUGAGUCACCAACAUCCAAAAUUAUGGUUUUUCCACUUGUAUUGUCCUUGUUUCAUGAAUUGACCGUUCGCUAAGUGCUCUCUCUGCAACAGCUGCUGUUUGUUUUCACUUCUCUCAUGGCACAUAUUCAGUUUACAGGGUUAACAGAGGCAGAAUUACCACCUAAAAUGUGUCAUUUUCUAAGUAAUGGGUCAGAGGUGGACAUCACAAAAGAUUUUAACUAGCUGAAAUGGCCUAUUUUUGUUUUCCGCACGGUGGCUAGCAGGUCAAGCUAACAUCAGCUCUGUGAGUUGGUCGAAAAUGCUGCCUCCAGUUUACUUUUUAGUGUUUCCACUUGAUUCCUUUUAAAACAAGAAUCCUACAAAUUGAUUAAAGAGACUAAAGCUGCAAAUCCCAGCAAACAAUCAACAACUUACAAGCUAAUGAUUUACCUACAAGACAUGAACAAAGAGGCAGAAUUGGUGUUGUAUUGCAGUGUAGAGGCCAUCCUCAUACUAUUAGUAUCCAUCCAUUAUCUAUACACCAUUUAAUCCUCAUUAGGGUCGCGGGGGUCUGGAGCCUAUCCCAGCUGACUGAGGGCGAAGGCAGGGGACACCCUGGACAGGUCGCCAGUCUGUCAUACUAUUAGUAUAACUAGAACUGUAAUAUUUAAUUUUAUGCCCAAAAUCUAAAUCUCUCAGCUAAAGUACUCGUUCAGAUUUUUCAGGUAAAUGCUUUGUAUGUGAUGUUAGUAAACAGUAGUGUGAAUGAGGACUAACCACUGUGUGUGGCAACACCAACUUUGAUAACAAGUUGGACGGGGUAGCUCAUAUUUCUCCAAGUUCAAUAUUUCUACCGUAAACCAAUAAACAAAGUAGAUGUGGUAGUAGUAAGCUGGGUUUUUUUGUUUGUUUGUUUUUGCAGAAUCUCUUUCGGUGCAAAGUAUCAGGUUAUUGCAAUACUUUCUACAUCUGCUAGUGCGUCUGCUGGGAUCCGUGCACGUGCAGUAGUAGUGUGUAAGCGCAGCAUACAUAGAUGCUGAUCUGCUGUUCAUCUGUAAAACGUGUCCUCUGAGUGGACUACUAAAUAGUAUUAUAAGAACAACUAUGCAUCUGUGUACGUGUCCGUAAUCCCCCUACUUCAGGACAAUAGCUGUUCAGUGGAGGACUUUAGCGAACGGUCACUAGCCCUUUAAAACUAGUAAAUGUGUUUAAAGAAACCAUGUUGUUGUUUUUUUCUGUUUCACUUUCUAUAAGACCAGCAGGGCAGCUGUUUAUACAGUAAAAAUGUUGAUUUGCCACUUCCUGAAAGAAACACCAAAUGUCACUCCAGAGAUUCUGGGCUUGCUGUGAUUUCUCUCUGACCUGCUUGAAAAAUAUGGGCCCUGACCACAAAUGUAGACAAAACACAGGGAUCAUGAAUGUACUGUGGUAGCUGCUCACCGUCUCAUGUAAUAUCACUGCUUCUUGUAUGGUUUGUAGAACUUCUUUUGAGCAGAGGGGUUCUACUGAAUAGUCACUGAAUUUGUGCAGCUGUACAAAGCUGUACAUCAUUUUUCUGUAUAUGUGUGUAGCACUUUUUUUUUUCACCCUGUACAUUUAGUUUGAGACUGUUUAAGGUUAGUGUCUGUUUUGUUUAGUUUCUUUUUCAAGGCAGUGCUCAUUUUAAACAGAUUGGAUCAGACUAUAACACAAAAAAUAGCUUUUCUGUAUUUUGGUAUUUUUCCUAACCAAAGUGAAAACAUGUGACUUCAGGGUCAUCAGUCAGUACCUCCCACCUGACCCUUCACAAUCACCUCAGUUUUUUUCUGCGAUAGCUUUAGUGUAUUUAAUGAAGUCAAAACAAAAGACAAAACUUAUCAUCAUGCUAAAUAUUUUCUGAAUCACAAACCCAAUAUAGUAAAUUUGGAAGAUGAGCCUGGUGUCAAAUGUAGAUAAAAAAAUUAGACUUUUUGAUAUUCCAUAACUUGUUUUGACCAACCACUCAUCCCUCAUGAUAAUAUUAGAAAUGUUACUAUCCCAUGAUGUGACUCCAUCAAUAGACGGUCAAAGUUGUGUUGACCAAAAUAGGGAUUUUGACUUUGUGACACCUGUAGUGGGUGUAAAAUUGAUUUGGUUGCAGUUUUGAACCGAGUUUAGAAGUGUUUGUCAUUGAAAGUUUCGCGUUUCGUGAUAUAUUUGUACAUAUGAAGUGAUAAAGGCUCAAACAUGCUGGAAAAUGUAACAAAAUCAAAAGCGCAAAAUUUAAAUCCAGCCUGAUGUACUGAUGAUGAGGGACUGCAACUCUGGAAAUAUUCAUAGUAUGAAGGUAAAAUGUUGCAUGGCUUCAAUAAAUAUAUUAAAGUAUUGUACAUAAUAAGUCAACUGAUUGUGAUUGGGUCAGGUGGGAAUUUGAUUGAUUUUAUAUGGAAUGACCCAUCAGCCUUUCAUAAGACAAUUUUCAGAUAUUUUUAAUGUAUUGUUUUCAUGCAUGUCCUUUAAGAACCUUUACAGGACAUGUGCAUUGAACUGCCUUGGCGCCUUUGACAGCAUGAAUGACCUGUAGGAGGAAGAAGAAGUCAGAGGCUGUGCACUAUAGCAAUGGUCUGAACUGUAGAAGGCAGUUACUACUGAGGAGGAGUUUGACCAAUCUGUGUGCAUCAAAGUAUUCUGAUGGAGUCUAUGAUUUACUGUGGACAUCUUUUAGAAAUUUCCACAGGAUGAGGACCAAAAACACCCAACUCCAUUUAGUGUGUCUUUUCCAACUCAUGUUCUGUUUGGUGUGUUCUCCGACGGGUAGGGAUAUUUUCUUUGUGUGGCAUUACAUCUGCAGUGGGUGACGCAGGCUGCCUGUGAGUUAAUGACCAAAUGAUGUGUUUUCUAAAGACCCACUUAACAUCAAAAGCUGAAUCAUUUAAUUUGGUAGCUCAAGGCAAAGAUGAUAGUACCAAGUGUGGCGUGGGACAUGUUUUGUGUUGUUUCUGAGAACAUGGUAUGUUUCUUUUUCUCUCAUGCCAACACAGUGCUACAGUGAGGAAGUGUUUCUUUAUUGCAAAGCUAAAUGAUUUCAUUCUGAAUUUGCUGUAUCCCAAUGCCUCUUUCACUGAUCAUUACAUAGAAAUAAACUUAUUAUUUCACCUGUUACUAGCAGCACUCUCUAAAGGUGGAGCAGUUUGCUCUCAAAGUGACCUCCAGAUGUCAAUAUUUUCAUUCCUAUUUAUCAGAUUAAUUCAGACUGAUAGUGACUUAACAGGCAAAUGUUUUUUGCACUGAUUUCAAUUGUGAAUGUACAAUCAAGUUAUUGUUUUUUGACAAUAAAGUACUGUGUUUUAUUCUUUAAGAAGUCAAUGGCAUUGUGAAGGUUGUUUAUUUACAGGUACAAUGUGAUGUAAAGUAUUUUUCUUAUUUUCACUGAAGGAAUAUAAAGGUGUGUUCAGAUACAAUAAAUUCCAUAAAUCUAAACUA